AUUACGUCAUUUAUAAUAAGGUAAGUUGAUUUCAUGACAUUUUAUUUUGAAUUUUUUAUAUCUGAAAAAAGUCGAUUUUUUUAAAAAUAACCAAACGUUUAAAAAUGUUGCGUGAACGAUUAAGUGCUCGGUCUUCAACAUCUCCAUAUUAUUCUGUGCGAAAAGAUAAUAUUAAGGAAGAUGUACCAAUUUGGACUGAAUGGAAAAUUGCAGCUUAUGGACUGUUUUUCUCAGUACUCAUAUUUACAGUAAAACUUUUUAUAAUCUACAGAAGCACACUUGAACAAAUAUUUUUAGAAGAAAAACUAAUAUCUUAUCAAAUAUGGUCGGAAGACGGACAGGAAAUGUUUGCAGCGAGCUGGAAACAUGUUGCUAGGUAUAGUAAUAUUUGGUUACCAAUUCUGGGUGGAGUUUUAAGUUCAUAUUUUACUUGGAUAAUGGUAUAUCUUGAUUCGGCUGUUCCAGGAGUACAACCACCUAGUCCUUUGUCUCCCAAAAAAUACAAAGAACAAUCGGGUCAUACUUUUCACUUGAAUUAUGUAUUUGCGAUUGUCGUAGGAUUUCUUGUAAGUGGCUACAUGUAUUUUAGAGGAGUCUCUAUUGUUUACUAAAAUAUUUAUUCAAUAUUUAUUUUAUUUCUAUUUUUCCUAGUCAUACUUUGACAAUGUUGGUGGUCAGUAUUUUUUUGUUGUAAUUUUUAAGCAUCACUUUACAUAAGCUAUUAGGAAUAGUUUGUUAAUUUUAUUUUUUAUAUUUAUUUUUCUUUUGUAUUGCACUUUGUAAAAUUAACUUCAUAAAUAAACUUUGAAAUUUU